UAGUGUCUAAUCAGGAAGUAGAUACGCACUGUGAUGGCAAACAGAUAGUUGUUCACCAGCCGCAGCGAGUAAUACAUUUAGUGUCAAUUAUACAGUUAAAAUUUUAGUUAUUUGAAAUUAUUCAAGCGGAAUGUCAUGCCCAUUUAAUCACUCUGCGGAGCUGAACCCCGCAGUGCUGCCGCUGGACUGGCUCCUGGGAACCUGGCAGUCCGAUGAGCCAGGAGAGGGCUCCUUCCCCUCCAUCGCACCUUUUCGUUACACAGAGACUCUUCAUUUCUCACAUGUGGGACAGCCCGUGGUCAAUUUCAUGUUUAAUGCAUUCCAUGCUGAGAGCAAAAGGCCUCUUCACAGGGAGUGUGGAUUCAUCAGGCUUCAGCCGGGCACCAACAGGGUGGCUUUCAUCAUUGCCCAGAACUCAGGUCUUGUGGAGAUUGAGGAGGGGGAACUCACUGGACAGCAGCUGACUCUACACAGUGCUGCCCUGGCUAGAACAUCUUUUGCCAAGCAGCCUCAUGUUCAACAGAUCUCCAGGCACAUCCAGUUGAAGCCGGAUGGAAGGCUGGAACAGACCGUCUCUAUGGCACUGGAAGGACAGCCUCUGACGCAGCAUUUGCACAUCACUUACCGCAGGACUGAUUAACUAUCUGUCACAUGGGAGGAAGAUGUAUUUCUGAAAAGCACUUGGAAGUAAUGUACUCAUCUGACCUAAAAUAUUGAUGGUUUAUAUAUAGCAACCUGCAGGUGAUGGCAAUAUAUUUGUGACUAAGAAUGUAAUCUAAAGUAAUAGAUGUGAUCCGACCUGUCUUACCAACAAAAAAAGCUUUGCAAAUAUUGUUACAAUAAAUAAAGGGGUAUAAUGUAAAGCAAUCACAGUGAAAGUAUAAAAAUCAAUCCCUUUACAAAUUUAAAUUGUUUAGAGGGAGCUCAUGGGAAAGUCUGUCUCUGAAGAAAAUGCUGUUCGUUAUCACGUCUAUUUCCGUAAGAUUAAGUUUACAAAUUGAAUAAUAAUCAAAAUAUGUCACAUCACAUACAUUUUCUCUCCAGUAAAACUUAACACUAAACGUCUUCUUUCAUAUGUUUAA